CACCUACGCGGUAUCUGAAACAAAAGUAUGGCUGCUGCAAAUGCUGGACAGAUUAACCAUGCGCAGCCUGGCCCCAUUGACAGGUCAGUGUUGACGUUGCAGCCCAACCAUCGAUCAGAAGCCAUUUGGAAUGGGCAGGAUCCAGGGUCCCUUAAAUGUCGUGCCCGUAGUGAAGAGUUCUCGAAUCGAGAGCCAAUGGUGGACGAUCGAGUCAUUGACAUCAUUAAGGCACUUGGUUUGGAGGGACUUCUCAGGACUCCGGGUAGAGAGAUUGAUCAUGGCCUGAUAACGGCCUUAGUGGAGCGAUGGCGGCCCGAGACUCACACAUUCCACAUGCCGCAUGGUGAGGUCACCAUCACACUUCAGGAUGUGGAGGUUCUUCUUGGACUUCCUGUUGAUGGUGACGCUGUAACAGGGAGCACACAAAAAGAAUGGGAGAAUGUGUGUGAUGAGUACCUUGGCUUUCGACCUACCAAUGAAGACCAUCUGGAAUGUGCUGGCCAAAGGAUUCUCAUCAAACGGCUUUUGGAGCAAGUUGCCCAUCCACUGCCGCCUAAUGCUGAAGACGAUGAAGUGCAUAGGUACGCACGAUGCUACAUCCUAGCGCUAUUGGGGGACACAAUCUUCAUGGACAAAUCCGGUGAUAGGGUGCAUCUAAUGUGGGUGCAGCAGUUGGAAGACCUUCGCAACCCACGAAGGUAUAGUUGGGGAAGUGCUUGCCUUGCAUGGUUGUACCGACAGUUAUGCAGGGCAAGCGAUAAGAAAGCUAGUCAGAUUGGUGGGUGUUUAUUGUUGGUCCAGUAUUGGGCGUGGGCCAGAUUCCCCUAUUUGUGCCCGGCAGUUGAGCGUGGCCCACCAGUGGGUGCUUAUGGUCCUCCAGUGCGUGGUCCACUGUCCCUUAAGUGGGUGUGGGUCCCAAACAAGAAAAAUAGGCCCGCCCAGGUCUUCAGGGACAGGUGGUGUGGCAGCCGUAUGAAGAUGAAUACGAGAACCUUCCGCCGUGGUGCGUUGCAGGGAGGGCAGUGUGGACGGCAAUCGUGCCGCUUGUAUGUUUCCAUCUAGUAGAGAAACAUACACCGGAUCGUGUCGUUCGGCAAUUUGGGAUGAUCCAAGAAAUUCCCCGCCAUGUUAACACGGACCCGGUGCUUCAUGCAAUUGAUUUGAGGGGGAAGAUGGGUGUUGAUUGGAUGCGGAGACAUGCUAUGCAUCUCACGGACUGGGGUCAUCGCCUUCAACGGCGUUGUCAAGCAGUGCUUGGUGAUAUGCCUCUACAGCACGAGUACUUCGAUUGGUUCACAAGGAUAACUCGAAGGUUUAUCGAUAUCCCUGGUGCUAGAUUCAUUCUAAUGAUUGAAGGAUAUGUCCGUAUGAUGCGC